GCCAAGCACACUUCCGGGAUGCGGCGCACGGAUGCUGCGCGCGUGUGCAAGGCAGAGCACUGCCCCUGUGGGCGCCUGCAGGGGCGCUGAGGGGUGAUAGGCUUAAGUACACCGAAGGAAUGAUUCACGAACUGCUCUUGGCCCUAAGCGGGUACCCAGGGUCCAUUUUCACCUGGAACAAGCGCAGUGGCCUGCAGGUUUCCCAGGACCUCCCGUUUCUCCACCCCAGUGAGACCAGUGUCCUGAACCGACUCUGCCGGCUUGGCACAGACUACAUUCGCUUCACUGAGUUCAUUGAACAGUAUACAGGCCAUGUGCAACAACAGGAUCAUCAUCCAUCCCAACAGGGCCAAGGUGGGCUACAUGGGAUCUACCUAAGGGCCUUCUGCACAGGGCUGGAUUCAGUUUUGCAGCCUUAUCGCCAAGCACUGCUUGAUUUGGAACAAGAGUUCCUGACUGACCCUCAUCUCUCUGUAUCGCAUGUCAACUACUCCUUAGAUCAGUUCCAGCUCCUGUUUCCCUCUGUGAUGGUUGUAGUAGAGCAAAUUAAAAGUCAAAAGAUUCAUGGUUGUCAAAUCCUGGAAACAGUCUACAAACAUAGCUGUGGGGGUUUGCCUCCAGUUCGAAGUGCAUUAGAAAAAAUCUUGGCUGUGUGCCAUGGGGUCAUGUAUAAACAGCUCUCAGCCUGGAUGCUACAUGGACUCCUCUUAGACCAGCACGAAGAGUUCUUUAUCAAACAGGGUCCAUCUUCUGGUAAUACCAGUGCCCAGCCAGAAGAGGAUGAGGAGGAUCUGGGCAUUGGAGGACUGACAGGAAAACAACUGAGAGAACUCCAGGACCUGCGCCUAAUUGAGGAAGAGAACAUGUUGGCCCCAUCUCUGAAGCAGUUUUCCCUGCGGGUAGAGAUUUUGCCAUCCUAUAUUCCAGUAAGAGUUGGUGAAAAAAUCCUCUUUGUUGGAGAAUCUGUCCAGAUGUUUGAGACUCAAAAUGUGAACCUGACUAGAAAAGGAUCCAUUUUGAAGAACCAGGAGGACACUUUUGCUGCAGAGCUGCAUCGGCUCAAGCAGCAGCCGCUCUUCAGCUUAGUGGAUUUUGAGCAGGUGGUGGAUCGAAUUCGUAGCACUGUGGCUGAGCACCUCUGGACACUGAUGGUAGAGGAGUCAGAUUUACUGGGUCAGCUGAAGAUUAUUAAAGACUUUUACCUUCUGGGACGAGGAGAACUGUUUCAGGCCUUCAUUGACACAGCUCAACACAUGUUAAAAACACCGCCCACUGCAGUAACAGAACACGAUGUGAAUGUUGCCUUUCAGCAGUCAGCACACAAGGUGUUGCUAGAUGAUGACAACCUUCUCCCUCUGCUGCACCUGACAAUUGAAUAUCAUGGAAAGGAACACAAAGCAGAUGCUACUCAGGCAAGAGAAGGGACUUCUCGCGAAACUUCCCCUCGGGAAGCCCCUGCUUCCGGCUGGGCCGCCCUAGGUCUUUCUUAUAAAGUACAGUGGCCACUACACAUUCUUUUCACCCCUGCUGUCUUGGAAAAGUACAAUGUUGUUUUCAAGUACUUACUGAGUGUGCGCCGCGUCCAAGCUGAACUGCAGCACUGCUGGGCCCUCCAAAUGCAGCGCAAACAUCUCAAGUCUAAUCAAACGGACGCAGUCAAGUGGCGCCUAAGAAAUCACAUGGCAUUCUUGGUAGAUAAUCUCCAGUACUAUCUUCAGGUAGAUGUGCUGGAGUCUCAGUUCUCACAGCUGCUUCAUCAGAUCAAUUCUACACGGGACUUUGAAAGCAUCCGACUGGCACACGACCACUUCCUAAGCAAUUUGUUGGCCCAGUCCUUUAUCCUGCUGAAGCCUGUGUUUCACUGCCUGAAUGAAAUCCUAGACCUCUGUCACAGCUUUUGUUCACUAGUCAGUCAGAACCUGGGUCCACUGGAUGAACGUGGAGCUGCCCAGCUAAGCAUUCUUGUGAAGGGCUUUAGUCGCCAGUCUUCACUCCUGUUCAAGAUUCUCUCUAGUGUUCGGAAUCAUCAGAUCAACUCAGAUUUGGCUCAACUACUGUUACGGCUGGAUUAUAACAAAUAUUAUACCCAGGCUGGUGGAACUCUGGGCAGUUUUGGAAUGUGAAAACUGGUUCAUAAAAUGAAGUAAGAGUCAGUCCUACCACAUUCUGAAGUCUGUAACAGAAGAUCCAAACGAACAUCUCAUUCUCUAGGCACUCACCAGAUGUCUGCAGGCUGGUGAGAAGGCUCUGCCUUUUCUCCUAGAAGCUGUCCAGAGGUACACAUCCUUCCCAUCAUUUCUGGGGAAGAUAACUGCUCCAUCUUAGGGGAGAGUCUUAACUUGCCCACCAAGGGGAACUAUGGGGUCAGCUCUGCUGACCACACAGGCUUUGAGUCUUUACACUGGGACAUCUGUUGGAUGGUAUUAAAAACAUGGAUCAGAAAAUUAAGUAUUUUUAGGUUUGGUUCAUAUGUAAGAAAGGAAUUACGCUUAUAAAUGGGCCAGCUUCUGGAUGUUACCCACAAGUUAGAAGAGACAGUAUAGGCUGUGUGCUUUCCCUCUCUCUGUACCAAGUAAUUGACACCUAUACAGAUAAUCUUUAGAUAUUUAGAUAUCUUUAGAUAUUUAAUCUUCAGAAAUUUAAGAUUGAGAGCCUCCCACCUUUGAGGAUCUGCUAAACUGAAUCUGAAUUCUACCAGUAUGUGCUAAUUCUUUCAGACUGGUAAAAGGACAAUUCUAGCUGAGGACAAUAGAGGUCAAAUUGUUAAGACUUGAGAUACUGAAAGUUGCAGGCCCAAUUUUCCCACCUUAGACAAACCACAGGAGUUAAGAUUCUGUUCAUAUAGCCCGGCCACUACUGACAGUCAUUAAUGUUCAUAUCACUAUGAAUAAAGGAAAUAACCACUAACAAGUCCUUCUCUCUAAUGUGGGCAAGAAUUCAGUGUUCAGGCCUCAGCUACAGGUCACUGAAUCUGUCCUUCAACUAUAUCUUCUCCUACCCACUAUGAAAGCCUUGGCUUCUGCAGCUGUCACCUGGAGAGGACUUCUUCCAUUGUUAUGUCCAGAGCAAGGCUUUACAAACUAUGGCUUGUACAUACUUUUGUAAAUAAGAUCUUAUUGAAACAGCCACACAUACUUGUUUACCUACUGUCUAUGAUUAUUUUCAUCUCACAGCAAAAGGUGAGGAGUUGUGACAGACCAAACAGCUACAAAGCCUAAAAUACUAUUUGGCUCUUUAUAGGAAAAAGCUGUUAACCUUUGUUUAGAGGAUGAGAGGACAUUCACUAACAGGGACGAUGUUAAUGGUAGGGAAGGAUAACAAAAUUCAUCUUACACAAAGUCAUCCCAUCAAAUUUAGUCACUGUCCAUUCAUAAGAACUGGCCUUUUCCCUUUUAGCUCUCAGAGUAUAGGAGUACCCGAUAGGUCAGCCAUUGAUGAGUUCAGCACCAGAGACACUCCCUCCCUUUCUUAGUGAUCUAGAAACCUAGGACUGUCACCAAUUCCAUUCAACUUUGGCACUGCUGUUAAUCUAGGCCCUUGAGUUUUUAGAAGCAUAGCAUUUUAGACAGCCUGGU